CACCCGGUGAUUCUCAGUUUAGAUGGCGGAGGGGUGCGCGGCAUAAUUCAAUUAGGGCUGUUACGGGCUUUAGAGAAGCGCAUUGGCAUUCCGAUUGCGUCUCUGCCGGAUCUGUGCACUGGAACUAGUGUAGGCGCAUUGUCGACGAUUGACCUUGUUCUCAAUCAAUCUUCAGUCACGCAGUGUUUCAAUGCGUUCCCGGACCUGGCGCGAAACAUUUUUCGUCGUUCAUCAAAAAUCCCAAUUCCUCGUUGUAUCCGGUGGCUUGCCUCGGCGUUCAACUUGACCACAGAUGGUCUUUAUGACUCCGAUGGGCUGGCACAAAUCUUCAAAGCAGCUGUUGGCCCAUCUCGUCGCAUGUUCGAUGUUGCCACGGCUCGCCGUGCGGGUUGCCGGAUCGCCAUUGUGGCAAGUCGCACCUCCGAUGGUAAAGCCUGCGUAUUGGCCAAUUACCGAGGAAUAGGACCGCGCACCGCGAAUACCGCGUAUCAAUUUUUGGCGCCACAUGACGACCAGGAGAAUCCUUUUGUAUGGGAAGCAGCAAUAUGCAGUGUUGCAGCACCCUUUUACUUCCAGACAAAGAAUUUGCCAGGCCUUGGUGUCUUGCAAGAUGGUGGGGUCCGCUUCUCCACAUCUACCCCCAGUGAUCCAACGGGCUUCCUGGGUCGAAUCUGGGAGGGUGCCCUGCCUCGACUGUUUCGGGCCAUGAUGUCCUCUCCAUCUAUGGACGGAAAGCAAGGGUUUUUGGAAGCGUUGAAUUACCUACCCCAUCUGUCGACGCAAGAUGCUGUCCGACUGGACCAGGAAAUCGAUGGAACAUUCCCUGAAUUAGACGAUGUAUGCUGGCUGGAAGCGAUGUCGAAUAUGGAUUUUGCAGUGCCAGAUAAGCUUGUGAGGACUGUUCUCGCGUCCGCCUCGUUUUUCUUUGAGUUAGAUGAGUCCCCCACCCAGGUCAAUGCUUCUUUUCAUUGUCGAGGAUCUGUUCUUUGUUCACAGCCAAAUCCUGCCGAGAUCUUACAACGUAUUCUUGUCGAGUUCCCCGGCGCAAGGUUUCAGUCUCGUCAGGACCAUGAUCUAGGAAGCAUAGACCCAGUUGACAUCUGCCAGUCUUGUGGGUUCUUCAGAAAGCGUGUUGCCUUUCGGGUCGCCAGCCUGGACGAGAGGGUCUCAAUUGAAAUUGCCAAUGAUAGCUUUCGCGAAAGGAUCGGUGGUUUCCCCAAAUCGGCGCAAGAAUUCCUGGAUGAGCAAAAG